AUGUGGCCGCUACUGAUUUCUGCAGUGCUGGGAGGCUUGACCUUGUGCACAUUCUGUGCAUACGGCCUGAGCUUUGUGCGACACUGGCAGAGUUACCGACACGGUGAGUUGGGAGAUUUCUCGGGGCCGUUGACGUUAUGGGUGGACUCGCUUACUCGGUGCCCUGCGUUGUUUUUGUUGCUGGGCUUGGCGAUUCCUGGCACUUUGGGUUUUCUUGGGUUAGAGGCCGCAGGAUUUGCACCGCACGUGGAUCUUGAUUUCGCCGGAUACUUGGCCGUGGAUCUACCAGCACAGUUCAUCCAGAAUGCUGUGGAGGAGGCAAUUGCUCAAGAGGCCUCUGGAGAUCGCCGACAAAGAGCCGAAGAUUGGGAAGGGUGGCAUUUUCCACUUGCAAGCACCACGGUGUCUUCCAAGCCCGAGAACACUUCAGGUGCGGAAGGGCGCAGACUUGCCCCGACGCAAACUCAGAGGUGGUGGCAGCUGGACAUUUUCUAUGAGGCAGUGGACUCCAGCACCGGAAUCUUCACUGAGCAGGCGCUUCAGGAAAUACUUGCUUUCGAAAACCUCAUCCAGUCCAUGGAGAAUUACGACGAAUUCUGCUGGAAGUCCAAUGGUCAGUGCAAGGCACCGCAGUCGCUCACAAACCUGUUCUUCCAUCCUGUGCCUGGCCAGACCGACAUGAACGACCUUGAGCUGCAAGAUAUCAAUGCAACCUUGAGGAUGAUGGCCAGGACGCAAAUCUUGCAGUUCACGGACAAAGACUUCAGCGUCUUCAAUUUGCAAAGCCAAUACACGCGCAGCAGCUUCUUUGGUGGAAUUCCACUGGCCGGGUAUGACAGAUGGCAGACGAGUUGGGACGUGCAGCGCCAGAAGCAUGAAGCUUUCCUGCUGGAGCUGUAUGAUGAGGUGCUAAGCCGCGCAGAUGAUGGACCCGAGCCACUGGCGUUUAAGCACGUGAAGGUCACCUGGUUUCAUGCUCUGCUGAAGGACUUCGAGGUCGGCAAGUGGCUGUUUCACGAUGCAGUUUGGUGCGCUGGGACCUUUGCUGUGGUGACUUUGCUGAUCAUGUUAAACCUUCGCAGUGUGUACCUGACGAUUUUUGGAAUGCUGGGCGUCUUGCUGGCUUUCGCGGCAACUUUCUUCUUCCACUUCGUAGUCUUGGAGUACAAGUCGCUUACCGUUUUGGACUUCCUCUCCCUUUUUCUUAUUGUCGGCAUUGCGGCCGAUGAUAUGUUCAUCCUCUGCCACACUUUCCACUUGGCUCCUGCAGUUCUGGGCCCGCGGGGGCCCAGAGAAUGCAUGAAAUGGGCCUACAAGCAGGCAGGCCAAGCCAUGCUCGUCACCACGGCAACCACGGCAGGUUCUUUCUAUGCCAACUGUGUUUCCGUUCUGCGCAUUGUGAAGCAAUUCGGGUUCUUUAUGGGUGGCCUGAUCCGGUGA